CCUGCGCCGAUCGAAUAGUAGAACGGUGCAAAACAUUAGAAUAUUCAAUGGAGGGCCGACUGUAUGAAAAGAUCAGUCUGAAACGAACGUUUCAGAAAGUGAUGGAUAGCUUCAUCUUACUCCUUCUAUUGCUUCUUAGCUACAGGGUCAUCUCCCUCACCAAUCGCUUCACUUUCCCUUGCUUUUUUGCCUUCCUAUGCGAAUCAUGGUUCACCUACACUUGGUUUGUUAUUCUCAGCACCAAAUGGACUCCUGCACGCGUCAUCACCCACCUCCAUUCUCUCCCUCGACGGGUACCAGAGCUUCCGGCGGUGGACCUGUUGGUGACAACGGCGGACCCCGUGCUUGAACCACCCAUCAUCACGGCGAACACUGUGUUGUCUCUGUUAGCACUGGAUUACCCGCCUCACAAGCUAGCUUGUUAUGUUUCCGAUGAUGGGUGUUCCUCUGUUACUUUCUAUGCCCUAGUUGAAGCCAGUCAAUUUGCUAAGCUUUGGGUGCCUUUCUGUAAGAAAUACAACGUCCAACUCAGAGCUCCUCUUCGCUUCUUUUCUGAUGAGCUCACUGGUGCCAAUAGCCAACCCUCCCCCGAAUUUUCACAAGAUUGUCUACGAAUGAAGGAAGAGUAUGAAAAAUUUAGGCAAAAAAUUGAAGAUGCGAGCAGGAAACCACACCAAUGCAAGCUUGAGGGAGAAUAUGUAGUUUUCUCAAACACAGAACGGAGAAAUCAUGGAGCCAUAAUUAAGGUUAUAUCGGAAAAUAAAGAAGGCCAAUCUGGUGGGUUGCCCAACUUAGUCUACAUCUCAAGAGAGAAAAAACCAGAGCAUUCACAUCAUUACAAAGCCGGUGCCAUGAAUGUUUUGACUAGAGUGUCAGGGUUGCUGAGCAACGCUGCCUACAUGCUGAACGUAGACUGUGACAUGAUGGUGAACAAUUCGAAGACGGUUAAGCAUGCAAUGUGCAUAUUCCUGGACCCCAAGGGCCACAAAGAAGUGGCAUUUGUUCAAUGUUUUCAGCAAUUUUAUGAUGGCUUAAAAGAUGAUCCUUUCGGAAACCAGUGGGUUGCUGCUUAUGAGUACAUAGUAGUCGGAUGUGCAGGGCUUCAAGGGCCUUAUUAUGGUGGAACAAACUGCUUCCACAGAAGAGGAGUUAUUUACGGCCUUUCUCCUGAAGACAUGGAAACUGGCUAUCAAGAAAAAUUUUCAGAGAAGGAAUUAGAGCAAAAAUUCGGAAGUUCAAAGGAGUUUGCCAACUCGGCAGUACAAGCUUUGGAAGGGAAGACAUAUUCUACUCCGAAUAUUGUUUCUCCUUCCAAAUUACUAGAGGCUGCAGGCCAUGUUGCCCGUUGUGGGUAUGAAUAUGGCACUGCUUGGGGCAAACAGGUGGGGUGGUUGUAUGGAUCAUUGUCAGAGGAUGUCCUAACAGGGCUGAGCAUCCAUAGAAGAGGAUGGAGGUCAGAGUGCCGCACACCUGAGCCCAUUGUCGCUCCCGGAGAUUUCAUAUCCACAAUGACGCAGCAGAAGAGAUGGGGUUCGGGCUUGCUUGUUGUCUUGUUGGGCCCCCAAAGUCCAGUUUUGGGCUUCCUCUUCGGCAAGAUCCAAUUCAGGGAGAUGUUGGCCUACAUGUGGAUCACCAAUUGGGCCCUACGCUCUGUACCUGAACUAUGUUACGCUCUUUUACCUCCAUAUUGCCUCAUAACCAACUCCACUUUCUUACCAGAGGAGCCUUGGGCAUGGAUUCUAGUUUCCCUGUUCGUGAUUUACAACGUAUACACUCUGAUAGAGUACAGGGCAAUGGGACAAUCGGUUCGAACAUGGUGGAACAACCAAAGAAUGGGAAGAAUAAAGACGAUGACGGCCUGGUUUCUGGGCUUUGAGAUAACACAAAAGGAACCCCCGAGUAGUACUGGUUGCCAUUCCGAUAAUGUGGCUCCGUUCAGCUUCGACGGGUCUCCGGUGUUCGUGGUGGGAACCACCAUCUUGGUGGUUCAACUCACAGCUCCUAUUAUCAAAUUAUGGAGGAUGUUGGGAACGCAGAAGAAUGGGAGUGGAAAUGGGGAGUUGUUUUGUUGUGCGUACUUGGUAGUGUGUUAUUGGCCAUUUCUGAAAGGAUUGUUUGGAAAGAGAGAACAUGGGAUUCCCUCCUCCACUGUCCUCAAGUCUGCAACUCUGGCCCUUCUCCUCCUGCUCUUGUGCCUUCCUACUGUUACCAAUCAUACAACAACAUCUAGUAAGUAGAAAAGUGAACUAAUUAUGCAAUAUACAAUAUUUGAUAAACUGUCAAGUAUUUUUAAAAAAUAAAAUAAAAAAUUUACUUA